AUGAAGCCCCCAGUAAAAGGCAGAUAGAUAGUAGUGAACUGUUACAACUUUGAGCGAGAGGGGCUGUUUAUCCACACUUUGCUAGAACAAUAUCACGUAAGUUUUGACCGCUCGCGUUUCCACCAAAAACAACGGGAUGGUGUAAAUGUCCAGCCGAGAGAAGACGUUUAAUAUCCGCAUCCCGCGAGCGACUUCACUUCCAGCAAGUUUGGGCAUUUUCUGGAGACUGUGCAUGUCGGUGCUUGGAGUUGACUUUCUGCAGACUGCUUCAUAGAGAGGAACAUCCUUGUGAGGAGCAGGAGAAAAGGCCUGUUUGCCCACCUUCCUCAUACUGGAAACGCCAGGAUGGCUAGGAGAUUCCCCAUUCCCUUGUUACUUCUGGCAAUAUGCUGCUUGGCAUCUGCAGGGCCAGUGUUUCGCAGCCCGUGUGAGUUGCUGCCGGUGGGGAUGGGACACCCAGUGCAGGCCACACUGAAGAGCUACACCGCCCUGUCAGGCUGUGCAAGCAGAGGCACCACCAGCCUGCCCCAGGAGGUCCACAUCAUCAACCUGAGAGGACAUGUUCCACAGGGACCAGACAGCAACCCCGCUGAAGUUGAGCUGCAUCUGAAGCCCAUCCAGUCUCUGCUGCGCCACCAGAAGCCACUGGUCUUCGUGCUCAAUUCCCCCCAACCGCUGAUAUGGAAGAUCAAGACAGAGAACCUGGCCCUGGGCAUUAAACGUACCUUUCAUGUAUCUGAGGGUUCAGAGGUCCACUUCCAGCCUGGAAACUUCUCUCUUUCCUGCCAGAUCCAGAAGGAGGCAUUUUCCCAUGGCAAUGAGCAUCUCCUGAACUGGGCCCAGAAGAAGUACAGAGCCGUCACCUCUUUCUCUGAGCUCAGGAUGACUCAAGACAUCUACAUCAAAGUCGGAGAAGAUCCACUGUUUUCUGACACUUGCAAGAUUGAUACCAAGUUCCUGUCUCUGAACUACCUGGGCGGCUACGUGGAGCCACAGACAUCAAAGGGUUGUGUGCUGUCUGGACCCGACAAAGACCAAGAGGUCCACAUCAUUGAGCUGCAAGCCCCCAACUCCAGCAGUGCUUUCCAGGUGGAUGUCAUAGUGGAUCUACGGCCUCUGGAGGACGAUCCCCCGCUGCAUCGUAACGUCAUCUUGCUGCUCAAGUGCGCCAAGUCCGUGAACUGGGUCAUCAAGGCCCACAGCGUGAUCGGAAACCUGGUUGUAGUGGCCUCUGAUACCGUGAGUGUUAGUUUCAAUACACAAAAAGUGAUGCAGGUGUCAAAAUCCCCGAAGGAGAACUUGCCAUCGGGUUCACAAGCCUUGAUCAAUUGGGCGGGGGACCAUGGCUGCGGUCCUGUCACAUCUUACACCAGCACUCCCGUUGCUAACCACUUCACUAUCCGACUUAGAGAGAGAGAUGUGGUGGAUCCUCUGGAGAGCAUGUUGCCUCCAGAGCUCUCCAUCCUGCGUGACGCCAGUCCUCAUGCGAGGUCGGGAGCUGCUUCCCGGCGCUCCAGCCUGCCCUUCCACUUCCCCCCGCCUCAGUCCGACGGCCUGCCCCCCUCCAUCGAUGAGCGGCCUUGGGAGAACGGAGAGCCCGAGGACCAUCAUGAAUUUCUGAACGUGGGCCUCAGCGUGCAGUGUGAGGCCACGAGGAUGGUGGUCAGCAUCGAAAAAGAAAGCCUGCAAGCGAAUGGGUUUGCUCAUGCCAACCUCACGCUCCAAGAUCCAGCAUGCAAAGCAACAGUGAAUGCCACCCACUACACCCUGGAAACUCCUCUGACUGGCUGCCUGACCACUGUAUAUCCCAUGCAGGGCAGCCCAAUGGCCCUCCACAUCAACUCUGUUCUGAUAAGUCAUGCUGAGACCAAGGAUGGGAGUGGUGGUCCGCUGGAUUAUGAGGAUCUACAAGCAGGAGACAUGCUGUUCCCAAGAGACCCGGUGGAGUUAAACAGAAGGUUUACGGAACCCACAGAGCACCAGUCCGUCAUCGGGUUCAAUUGCACGUACAGAAAGAACCAGGAAAGUUCGGCAACUCUUCCCAGGAUUGUACCGGGACCAGGGAGGCACCCAGUGAGCAACAUGACAUUUAAAAUGGAGUUGUACAACAAACUGCCGAUCCACAACCCCUCACGCCAGGCCUUCUACACUGUUUCACAAAAGCAGCAAGUCUUUGUGGAGGUCACAUCGGCCGCCACAGAUCCGGAGCUGGGGUUCACCAUCGUAACCUGUUUCAUCUCUCCCAACUCUGACCCCACGGUGCCCUCAGACUACACCCUCAUUGAGACAGUGUGCCCCACAGACGACUCCGUCACCUACUACCCUCAGAGGGGCUUCCCUGUCCCCCACACACAGGCGGAGAAGCAGAGUUUCAGCUUCACCUUCAACUCUCAGUUGAACCUGUCCCUGCUCUUCCUGCACUGCGAUAUGUCUCUGUGCUCCAAGAGUUCUCAGAGCAACCAAAGAAUGCCUCCGUGCUUACAACCGAGUGACACCUGCGAUUCUCCUUCUGUGGAAAAUAUCCUGUCGAUGGUAAUGCACAGCAAGACGUCCACAAAGCCGCUGGUCGUGGUGGAUGGAUCUGGUCCGUCAGAAGAACCAGUUCCUCCUUCUGAAACACCACCGUAUCUUGAUGAUAACGCGCUAUACGUGCUGGACACCCCCACAGUGGUGGGGAUCGCCUUCGCAGCCUUCGUGAUUGGGGCUCUGUUGACCGGAGCCCUGUGGUUUAUCUACUCACACACAGGUGAGACAGCUGGCAGGCAGCAGGUCCAGAAGCCCCUCCCGGCCUCAGAGAACAGCAGCCCGGGCCACAGUGUGGGCAGCACCCAGAGCACACCCUGCUCCAGCAGCAGCACGGCGUAGCCCCGACCCGGACCCCUGCCCAGGCCCCAAGGUUCACAGGGACCGCUUUGUUCUUCUCCUUCCAUGAAAGGAAUUAUUAGGGGAAUGUUAAAGGUCACACAAAAACACCUUUGGUCCUGUAAAUUCCUUUUGUGCCAGACUAAUAAACUGUCCUGGUGUUACUGCUGUGUAAAAGUAGAGACCUUGGCAGCCUCAACUCAUAUUUAGUACAGGAAAAUACGUUUAUGCAAGGCAUUUCAUUCCAAUCCUAAUGCUGUUUUUUUCUGAGCAAAAGCCUUUUGUUUUGGCCUUAAAUGGUGAGAUGUAGGCUGUCUGUAAUGAGCAGGUGUACUGCGACAGCAAGGAAAGCAACCAGGCUGCAGUGAUGUCAGUAUUAGUACGUGAGAUGUUAAUGGCUGGACUGUUACACUUCACAACACGCAACCCUAAAGGUGGCGAAGCAACCACUAUUAACAUGCGGACAAAAGUGCAGUAUGACAUAAGUCGUCAUCUUACCGAGAGAUGGCUUUUAAAAGAUGCAAGAUAGAUAUUGAAUGUAUGCAGAAGAGUAUUCGCCAACAAAUGUGAAAGAACAAUGUGAAAGACAUGCUGAUAGAAUGCCACAUUUUGUAAUAACUCUUCCCUUAUAAUGGAUUUAUACACGCAGGUUGGCAAAACAUAUUUCACCGGUGGUAAUAGUACUGCAUUUCAGUUGAGUCCAUUCUUUUACAGAGUUUCACAGGGGCAUUAUGGGUUCCCUUUUUUUGGUCAUUGUUAAUGGAAUAGUUUCACAUUUUGGGAAUUCCUUUAUUUGCUUGCCAUCCAAGAGUUAGACCCUCGGUCUCCUAAAAGUUACGUUACCAUAUGAUAUGUCAAAUACGUUUCGAUGUAAAUGAAUUUGUUCUCUCGUUCUUCGUUUGUGUUCGACGUAGCGUAAUCAUGUUUCAAAUGAAAGUCUGCGUAGAGUUCUGUGGGUAAAUAGGUCAAACACACUACUACUGCUAAACCAAAAGUCAAAUGUGCAUUUUAACUUAAGGAUUCAGUAGGCUUGUGUGACAUACUUUAUUGAGGUCAUGUAGGUCACUUUUCUAGGUCAAUUCAAUCUGAACCAUUAUCCUUUACUUUAAAUAUCCAAGUAGUUUUGAUUGCUACUUUUGUUUAAAUUCACAAUGAUUCCCGGUGUAUAAUUGCGACUGUAAUCCGGAAAAGAAAAUACAUAAUUCAAAAUGCAGUUUUCUUGUAUGGCAGCGUAGGAGACAGGAUCAGAAGAUAUUUACCACUCUCAUGUCUGUGCUUUCAAUUCUGCAUAACAUAGCAUAGCUCCCAAAAUGCUAAACUAUUCUCUAACGACCUGUAUAUUUUUGUAAAUAUUGUAAAUACUCUAAAAUGUUAAGCGGUUAAGAGUGUGUGCAAAUUCUGUUCUUGUACUUUAAGAUUAGACCAGUUUAUCAGUUACAAGUUAAUACCUUUUAUCAUUUUAAAAGUGAUAAAAGAAGAAUCAUGAUGUUACAAAUUAGGACCCCGUCCAUUUCCCCACGGACCCUUUUGAGUUUACAUUCACAAACACAGGAAAUCCUCACAAUUGCGAGACGGUAUGAAGUGAAAUAUUUGGCAUUUCUUUUUGAUGAAUAAUGAAAAGUUCAAUCCAGUGAAUGUUUCUCAGCGUAUCAGACAGUCAGAGCAGAUGUUUGACACUAUACAGCCACAGUGUGCAGUGUAGAUCUCUUGUCUCGGCACUGACUGUUAUAUAAGCUGCAGCUCAUUGCUAUGGACAUAUCUUUUAUUUUGCAUCACCCGACUGCCCCCCCCCCCACCCCAGAAUAAUAUGAAUGUUUGCUGUAGUGCCUCCCUCUACCCUGGAUGUGUUUCUCAGAGUGUGUGUGGGCCCUUUGAACUCCAGAACCAUGUCAAGAAAAACAGAAUGUAUAUUAUCUCAAAGCUUUUUAUCUUAUGUAAACAUGUGUAAAGCUUUCUACAGAGGGAACAGAGUCUAAAUAUAUAUUUGUGUAUAAAAUUAUAUUUUGGAAUAUAUUUACCAAGAGAAACCUAUUGUCUUGUAUGUGUGUUACUGUACUGUGAACUGUGGAUAUGCUCAUACAACACACACGUGUGUGUGAGGGGAUUUAUUCAUAGAGGCCUCAUGGCACGGCUUCCUGACACUUCAACUGAUAAAUAUGGAGAUACAAAAUGAUUCACCUUUUUAAAAUCUAUUUGAUAUAUAGAGUAUAAACCAAGUCCACUCUUUGAUACAAACUAACUUUGACAUCAUAUUUAUUUACAUUUGAAGCUAUUGCAAGUCAUUGUUUAUUGUGUCAUAAACCAUGUGAUAGGUUUGAUGAGUAUGAUCAGACAGAAUACAACUCCUAUCACAAUCACUAUCACAGUUUGUCAUCAUCUAAUGUUACUAUACUGUUUUGUACAGUGUAUCAUUUUCUAACUCAAAAUAUAUUUUCAUAUAAAGUAAGGAAAUCACUGUUUUUGUUUUUUAAAUGAUGGCAAUAGUUAUUAACUUUAUUCUUCACAAAGUCUAGGUAAAUAAUGGUAUCCUUACUUUAUGUAUUGUCAUAGAGAAAAACCCUUAUUUUCACAACUAUGAGGUGAAUCCCCUCAAAAUAAUGAAAACAAAUGGAUCAACGGUUAAAGAUGGCAGCAAUAAACCAAAAUGAAAGUUGAAUGUGUGAUGUGUGUGUAUAUAUCAAGAGGAUGGAAUGGAGGGUGGAAAAAAUCCAACUCAACUGUUUUCCAAAACACUUUAUUGAGUAGUUGAGCCUCUUGGGAACAUUAGAGCUUGUUUGUUUUAGCAGACAUGUGGCCAGGUGUGUGCCUAACCUUCAGUUCCUCAGUAAAUAAACAGCAUGAGAUGUGGUGCACCCCCCAUGUCCUGCAGAGAGGGAAGCCUACGAUCAGCGCUCAUUGUGGGAUCUCUGCUUUCUGACAUUCCUUUAGUUUUGAGGUUCUCUUAUCUACUGUCCAUCUCCCAUGAGUAAUUACCCGCUAACUCCAGCUGUUAAGUGGCUGAGCGCCAUGUUGUGUCCUGGAUCUAAUCUUCUCCAUUCAGAUCAUUUUGGAAUAUUCAAUCAAACUGAUCAUACAGUUCAUGAGAUGUAUUCAAAAAUAUAAACAUGCCCCCAUGCUUACUGCCUCAGUGCCUCGUCUCCUUUAAAUGAUGUUAACCUUAAACAAAACUGAAAUCUAAAAUAUGCUUUGAGGGAAACUUAUUUCACAUAUCGCAAAUAAGAGUAAUUUAUUAUUACGUAUGCAAUUUAACUUACAUUACACACUUACUACAACAUACUGAUGACGUCUGCAUUGACUUAUUUCAACUUAGAUAUAUGCAUUUCAACUGUAUAACAUUCUUAACUUGGGCAAAUAACCUUUGUUACGGAGCAAACUCAUUCUGACCUAAAACAGGAUCUUUUACCAAAACCUAACCAUGUUUUAUGUUUCACUUCACAACGUUAAGCAUGUGUUUAAAACUGCCACUGUAAUCUGGGGGAAAACAUGUUUACCUCGAAAGUAAAUGAAAAUACAGUUGAGUUGUAGUCAGGCAUCAUUUUUAGGAGACAAGGGGGCCAUAUGACAUAGUGAUGCUGUAUCAGAUCAAAUAGGCGUUAUUAUGGAAGCAAAAGAUGCCUUUCCAUAGGACUUAUAGUUACUGCUGAACAACAGCUGUAAGUGGAGCACAAAUCCACCAUCUAGUUAUUGAUUGUAUUUGUAACCAUUUGACUACCUCAUGUUUUUCUAUGAAUGUGUACUUUUUGUUCUACGUGUGUGAUGUCAUGUGUGUGAAUGUUUCGUGCCUAUGUUUGAACUCAACACUAGUUAAAUAGAUGAAACUGCAGUUGGAUGGUUCGGGCCCCUUUGUGGUUUUACUGCAGUUUUAUUUAUCAAACCAUGAAGAGUUUGAUCUUUCCCAUGAUGCCAAGAUUGCCUUUUUUCGGGUGUUUGUAAAAAUGUGUAAAACUUUUCAUGAUUUUAUUUUGUUUUGGAAUUUUAUAAGCUGUAAAUAAGCAUGACAUCUGUAUACCCAUUAUGUCCAAUAAAUCUUCAUAACAAUGUA